AUGUUUCAGUUGAGAAAGGCCCCGACGAAUGCUGGGACAACCACGACGCAGGCCAUGAACGUCUUUUAUAUGCUAUCCAUGGAAAAGAUCCUAAAGAAUUUGGUGAAGAAACAAACGGAUUUGAAGAAUGCUUGCCAGGAAGUGAUGGAUGUAAUGAAAAAGUUGGAAAAGAAUGAAGCCGAUGUUCUAAAAGACAUGACCGAAAAUCCAAACCGGUACUUUAAACCUCUUGAACUUGCUUGUGCAACUAAAAAGCCAACAAUUGUGGAACCCGCAUUGGAUUGUCUUCACAAAAUGAUGGCAUAUGGAUACAUUGACAGCAAAGUCCCAUAUGAAGGGAAAAGCGAUCUCUUGGUGGAUGUGGUAGUAGCUACAAUUUCAAAUUGUUUUGACCCAACGCAGGACGAUAAUGUUCAAUUACAGAUCAUCAAAGCUCUGUUGACUGCAGUAACAUCAUGCGAUAUCCACGGAAGGAGUCUCAGGUUAACAGUUAAAACCUGUUUCAACAUUCACUUGGUAUCCAAGAAUGAAAUCAACAGAAAGACGGCUCAAGCAACUCUUAAUCAAAUGCUAAAUAUCAUCUUCCAAAGAAUGGAAUCUAAACCACCAAAAGUCAAACAAGAAUCAACUCAACAAGAUGUUAAAGAAGAUGAAGGCGCUAAUGCUGCAAGCCAUGAACAAAAACCAAGCGAGGAGCUAAUCAGCGAAUUUGUUGAUAUCAUUAUCAACGAUGUAGCCCAACAAAUUUUGGAACAACAACAAUAUGAUUUGGAAAAUGAGGAUGAUGAAGAAGAUGGAAUCGAUGAUCAAACAUCGGAAAAGCCUCACAAACACAAGCGAACAGGCUCAGAAUCUGAUGAACAAUCAAACACUCCAGUUUUUGACAACCAGUAUCAAAAAGAUGCUUUCUUCAUUUUCAGAGCAUUAUGUCGAUUGGCAAUGAAGCAACUUCCAAAGAAUCCAACACCCGAUUCAUUAGAGCUCAAAAGUAGAUUACUAUCACUUGAACUUAUUCACAAUGUGUUGGAAAACAGUGGUCCAGUUUUUAGAACAUCCGAGACUUUUAUUGCAGACAUCAAACAAUUUUUGUGUUUGUCAUUACUCAGAAAUUGUACAAGCCCUAUUCCUCCUAUUUUUUCUCUUUCUCUUUCCAUAUUUAAAUCUCUUAUCAAGUAUUUUAAAACAUAUUUGAAAGGUGAAAUUCGUCUAUUUCUCACAAAUUUCCUACGUAUUUUACACAGCGAGAAUAGCACCUAUCAUCACAAAAUGCUCGUCAUUCAAGUAUUGAACUUUGUCGCUCAAGAUCCUCAAACCCUUCUUGAUAUUUUCGUAAAUUAUGAUUGUGCCUUGGAGUCGAUUAAUAUUUACGAACAAAUUGUUGGAGAGUUGUCUAAUGUGGUGCAAAACCUCCAAGCAGAGGGAGAAUGGAUGACACCAAAUCAAGAACUCAAACUCAAAACAGCCUCACUGAAUGCUCUUGUUACAAUUCUCGAGUCGUUAGUUAAGUGGAUGACAGAAAAACAAUCAGUGUCAGCCAACAACGAAGCUAUCAGUCAUUCUGAGGAAAUGACCGAGGGAGAGUUUUUCGAAAAGCAAAGAAACAUGAAGAUCGGAAUGAAAGAAGGUGCUAAACUAUUCAAUAGAAACCCUAAAAAAGGUAUUAAAUAUCUGAUAGAUAUCGGAAAGCUUCCCGAUCCUGAAAAAACGGAUAAAACAGAAUAUGCAGAAGCAGUAGCCAAGCUUUUAUAUACAGCAGAAGGAUUCUCAAAGAAAAUGAUUGGUGAAUAUUUGGGAGAAGGAGUUAAUUCUGACAUUUUACACGCCUUCACUGAAUUACAAUCAUUUGUUGGUAUGUCCUUUGACAAAGCAUUCAGAAACUAUUUGAAUACUUUCAGAUUGCCAGGAGAAGGUCAACAAAUUGAUAGAGUCGUUCAAAAGUUCGCAGAAAAGUUUUUCAAAGACAAUGGCAAAUCUCAUAUUUUUGCAAACGCUGACGCUUGCUAUGUGUUUGCGUAUUCAGUAAUCAUGUUGAACACGGAGUUGCAUAAUCCUGCCUUCAAUUUCCGUGAAAGAAUGUCUUUGGAAGCCUUUAUUGCCAACAACAGAGGCAUUAACGAUGGAGGAGACAUUGACCAUAAAUAUCAAGAAACUAUUUACAACAGCAUCAAAAAUAAUGAAAUUAAGUUGAAAGACGAUGAAAUGGAACAACAAGUUCAACAAUCUCAAGAUAAGCAACAAGUGCUCGCAGCUCAACAAAACCCAAGAAAAAAGAGAUUACUGUUCACAUUAGAAAGCGAGAAACUAGAAAAGGAAACAAGAAAUAUGUUGAAGAGCAGCCAGUCCCAAGGAGACUCGGAUGACCAAUUCUUCAUUGCAAAUCAUAUUACUCACGUAAAGAGUAUGAUGGAGACAACUUGGGAGUUGUUUAAAGAUGCAUUCAAGGUUGCUCUUGAGAAAGACAAAUUCAUUGAUAGUAAGGUUCAUGAUAACAGCUUGCGAGGGCUAGAGUACGCAAUUCAUAUCACUUCACACUUUGACAUGGCAACAGAGAGAUUAGCUUUCGUUCAAACAUUAUGUCAUUUCACAAAGUUAACAAUUUCUGAGAAAGAAUAUGAGUCACAAAAUGAUGCUAAUCAUCUCCACCAAACACAAGACACUCUCAAGAACCGAUAUAUUAUGCAAGAUAGACACGUAAAAGCCAUCAAACUUCUGUUAAAGAUUGCUGAGACGGAAGGCAAUUAUCUCAAAGACAGCUGGGCAAAUAUUUUGGAAUGUGUUUCUCAGCUGGAAAGACUUCAAUCGGAUGUUCCACAAAACAAGAAUAGAAUCAACAAAGCCGCUGCUAGAAUGACCAUUGAAUUAACUCCAGAGCAAAUCAAUUCAAACACUAUUUUAAACAACAACAUUGACCAUUUAGUGAUUGAUAAGAUUUUCGUUAAAUCUGGAGAGCUUAGCGAUGAUGCUAUCGAAAGUUUUGUGAAGGGACUAUGUGGUGUUUCCAAUGAUGAGAUUAAUCCAAAGGCUAAUCGUAUGACCUGUACUGGUAACAUUAAUAUCAACCCUGUUCCACGAACAUUCAGCUUACAAAAGCUGAUAGAAGUUGCCCACUACAAUAUUAAUAGAAUCAAAAUUGUGUGGUCCAAGUUAUGGGUCCAUAUGGGUAAACACUUUAUUACAGUUGGUACUCACGAUGACCUGACUAUUGCAAUGAACGCCAUUGACUCAUUACGUCAAUUGUCAAUGAAGUUCUUGGAGCAAGAUGAACUUGCCAACUACCACUUCCAACGUGAUUUCUUAAAGCCAUUCCUACAAAUCAUCCAACAAAGUAAUAAGACCGAAAUUAGACUUUUGACUGUUGAAUGUGUUGGUCAAAUGAUUUUGGGAAGAUACAAUAACAUCAAAUCAGGAUGGAAGACUAUCCUACAAAUUUUCGCUCAAGCUGCCACUUGCGGUUCUCCAGUCACUGAUGAAGGUUUCAAGUAUGUCGCAUCGAUGAUGAAGGAUAAUGGAGAUGUUGACUAUUUCAACCAAAUCCAACAAAACGAAUCAUUUGUUGAUUGCGUUUUAUGUUUGACAGCAUUUGCUAGAAAUAUUGCAGAUUCGAAUAUUUCCCUUUCUGCAAUUUCUCUUCUAAAGCUUUGUGCAUUACAUAUUGUGAACAAUAAGGUUGAUGCAAUCAAGAAUGUGGAAAUGUAUAAUGACGACGAUGUUCAUUUCAAACUUUGGUUCCCAAUAUUAACUGGCCUGGCAAGUUUAAUUAGCGAUGACAGACGAGAAGAGGUGAGAGCCACUGCCUUAAAGACCAUGUUCGAAGAAAUUCUUAUCAAUCGAAAGAUUGGUGAUAGAUUCUCUCCAAAGUUUUGGGAGGUUGUCUUCACUGGAGUUCUGUUCCCAGUAUUUGAUGAAAUCAAACAAUCAAAUGUUGUAGAUGAAAGCUGGAUCAACACAACAUGCCGAAAAUCUUUAAGCUUGAUGAUUACACUGUUCGCGCAAUACUUCUCCUCAAUCAGUUUCUUGUUUAACGAUAUUUUGACCACGAUAGCAGUUUAUUGCUUCUUUAAAGUAGAAGACACUAAAGAAGCUCAAAACACUGAAGGUGGUACCCAUGUUAUUGAAAGAAAAGUUAAGAAUGAGAAAUUGGCUGAAAUUGGUAACGAGUCAAUCAAGCUCUUUGUUAAGCUUUGUGGACCAAUGUUCACUUCUGAGCAAUGGGAUAGAAUUUGUGCAGAGCUACAUAAUUUAUUGAGUGUAAAUUUGAAGCUAAAAUCAACAAUUGAUAGCAGGAUUCGACUGAAGAUUAUCCAUACUACCAACGAAAUUGUGAAUACUCAACACCAGCACAUGAAACUAGAGCACAUUGAACAUUUAUUAGAUUCUCUGUUGACUUGUCAUAACAACUCAAAGGAAUUUAACAGUAGACAAAAGGGUAACGCUGAAAAUGAGCACGAAAUUGAAAUUGAAAUGACAGCACUUACUGUCUACAUUAAUAUUUGCUCCAUGUUAUGUGCUUCCAAUAUUCCAGAGAGACAACAAGUUGGUGAAAAAAGAAUCAUUGACGUUAGCCAAAUUACCAUCAUUAGCUACUUGCAACAUAUUGGAAUUUUGCCUUAUCCAAAUAGCAAUGCAGAUUUGAGCAUCCAACAAGAUGUGGUAUUAUGUGGCUCGAAAUUAAUGGCAUCUCUGGUACCUGUAAUUGUUUCACUUCUGGAAGUUUAUGCCUCUUUUUCUGAUGAACAAUUUUCCAAAUAUUUACCUAAAUUCUAUCCUCUCUUCACUAAAUUAUUACUGACUCAACACAGAGAAGUAAGAUUGGUACUUCUCGACCUCUUUGUACGAUUUGGCAAACAAGUUUUGAACAAGUAA